GCAAAUCAGUUGAGUUUCGAGUUUCGCCGAGGCCAGUCACGGAUAGCCGUGGACACGCGCGCGCACUUUCAACUGUUCAAUCUGACUUCAUCAUCUGUACCUAGAGUAGAUGGGAAACCAAUACACGCAGCAACUACAGAGCCAGAACAACCAUCAACAAUAUCCAAGCAAAAAAGCGAAAAAGCAUAACUCUGGAAUAAACCCGCAAGCUUAGUUCGAGUGUGGGAGCAGCCAGCAAUUUUGGCAUUUUGGUUCUUUUUCCCUUUGCUGCUGUUUGGGCCCCGUUUGCAUAAUAGAGAGCAUCAUUCGAUUCAAUAGCCCAGUGUCGAACGUCGGGCUUUUUUUCCCUAUCACCUGUGCACUGCGAAUAAUUGCUAGUUUUUUGUGCGUUUUGUACUCUGAUUGUGUCAAUGAGUUACUUAUUAGGCAUUUCGAAGAAGAUUGAUAGAAGUUAGGACCCGGUUAGAACAAGGAUGUUACUGUUCCUUCGCGAAGCUCCUGUAACAAAAGCUAGUUGCAAAUAGUUGUGUUGUGAGCAAUUCACGAUUCCACAGGGCCUUUAAGUUUUAGAUAUUGUGCGUGAUUAAAGUUGUCGGUUUAGUGGAAGGUCUGUGCUCUGUUCGUACAUUUCCUUUGAUUGCGUAUAGAAAUACAAACAAAAAAAAGCGAUAUAAACAAACACGCGUAGAGAGACCGUAGAUCGUAGCGUACGCCGAGCGACGACGGAGAGAACGGUGAGAUGCGCCCGAAAGCGGUAGUGUGAGGAACAUAAAGGCAGCAGCCAGCAGUGAGUGAGCCAGCAACCGAUUGCCGACUGGUGCCAAUCGUGUGGAUAUUGUCAUUUUUCAUGCUGGACCUGACCACAGACAGUGCGGAAGCCUUCGGAUAGCGGAGAGCGAGUGUAUGUUUUGUGUACAUAUAUCAACAUAUGUUGUGGCAGAAAGAGCUUGGUUUGUUUGCUAGAACAAUACCGAAGGUUGCAACCAAUAUCCUGCCGAACCAACACCAGCAGCAGCAGUUUGGCACUUAUUGUUGCCAUUCAGUGAAUGUUUGCAUGAAAGCGAGAGACUAUCGCUUAUCAAAUAUUAGUGUGCCUGAUAGGGGAUGAUCGGAGAACCGCCAAACUAACUUCGUGUGCCGCAUCGGGUUUUAGUAUCCAUAUCGAUUUUCCCUUAAUUACUAGCGAACCCAACCAGUCGGCGGAUAAAUUCGGAUGUUUGAACCUACAGGUCGGAUGGAAAGCCCAUUCGGUUUUUGACUGUGUCUGUGUGUGUGUGUGUUUGUGUAAAAUAUUAGUAGACUGUAGCACAUUUCUCUGGAGACGGAUUGAUUUAUUACCGCUCUUUCCGGAGGAACUCACUGGAGAGCCUCAACACCACACCUUGACGAGCUUGUUUUCUACAUAACAUAGUGGGUAGCAAAGUUAAAUGGCAGUAGCUGUAUAUCGAUAGAAGCUUGCGACGGGACGCUAUAAAUCACAGCUGGCAGGAGAAUCAGCGGUUGCAGUACAUUGUAAAUCUUCGAGUUCGUCCGUAGGCAACCAGUUCCAUCUCCGUCGGAGUCCUGCCCCGACACCGGAGUAGCAAAGGUGAUGCCCGAGGUUGGCUGUUGAUUGAAAUAAAUUUCUGGUAAUAGCAGCCGUGCCGAAGGAAAAGGCACGUAAUACAAUUGCAUGAUAGACACGCCGUGUGUUGCUUCGGGAGGAGGAAAUUCACUUCAUGUUUCAUGUGAAAACGGUACGCCCGGAGAAAAAUUGAAACUAGUAGAGUGGAGAGUCAAGUGAAAAGAACGGCAAAAGUGAUAAAGUGUAAAGUUUUUAAUUGAAGAAGUCAUCGGUAAUUUCGAAGACGGUGGCGGCAGUGAAGAGUGCUAGAGAGGGCUACGGAAGCUACAGUAAUAGCGCAGUACAUCGCGAAACGGAAGAAAAGUUUUUUUUUUCGUGUGAUACAAAGCCUGUUCCAACAACAGCUGCCGGAAAAAUAAGAAGGCAACAGCGGCGGCGGAAAGAAGAGUUUACAAAUAGCGGCGGAAGUGAGGACAAUUACUUUGCGACAGUGGCAGUUGUAUGAAUUUCCAUCUCAACCGAAGCCCAACUUAGGGAGUGCGAAGAAAAGUGGCAAACAACGCGCAACGUGCAGAGGAAGCUUAUCGGAAACGGCUGUGUCAACCUCUUAGAAUUGCCUUUUGGUUUCUCUGGCUGCCUCGUAUGCGGUUGGCUUCAGCGCCUCGGUGCUAGUGGGUAGCGAACUGUGACACGCGUGGGAAAACACCAAAUCAAAGGUGUCUGAUACCGGUGAGCUCGGUGAAUCGGAUCAACAGCAGGCGGACCGAUGUAGUGAUAAUCUACCACCGCCAGUAUCGCCAUCGUCGAUGGCAACAAUUGAUUCAGCAUCAUCCUGGCAUGGAGGAACUAACUGUCGCAAUCAAUGCGCUGCGCGUAUUGCGGAAUUGUCCAGGCACCCGGCACUUGAAAUGGAGGGAACCGCACUAGCCCACAACAUGAUACCUUCCAUGGAGAGCGCCUCGGACGUAAAACUAGCACAAGACGUUGAGCGGAAAUGUGGAAACUUGGAUGUGAAUCUGGAUAGAAAGUUCCUAAACAAUAAUAAUAAUACCACUAGCAUGAAAUGCUUGCAGUUUAUCACGCCCCCAGAUCCGCCUCCACCUCCUGCGCUUUUGUUCGAUUUUGUGGUUGAGCAAAGCGUCCAAAGUCAACAGCAACACAAUCUCCUAGAUAGCGAUCUUACAUGUUUUGAAAAUCUUAGCUUUAAUAGCAAUAGUGACAAGCAGUCAGCGAAUAGUCAAGUAGAUAAUAUAGCAACCAAUUCUCCUAGAGUUAACCCGCGGCCAGUAGUAGUAGGAAGCGAAAAAACAGACGAGAAGGAAAUGGCGCAAACAGGUACCACAUCAGUAGAACCAACCGUCAAUUUGAAUGUUACCAAUGCCUCGACUAACCAACCAAGUGACCAAAAUACAACGAAUCCAUCACCUAGUGUGACUCCAAUGUUGCUAACAACUACUCCAGAAAACCCAUUAAUAACCAUCAGUAUCAACCAUAAUAACACAACUAACCAAAGACACCAUUCUGUCACUCUGCAACCUGCUCAGAAAUCCAACGGAAUCAACUCUAUACGUACUGUGAACUUGUGUGAUAUGUGUCAUCCGAACUUUGAACCACCUUUGCCUUCAACCACUACCGAAAGUCCAACUUUGUCCGAUCAUGCACGUGGAACGCUGGAAGCCUCUAACACUGCUGCCUCGGCUGCCACUGCCGCCAUGGUCGUCCCCACUGCUAUCGCCACAUGCUCGAGCAAACCACCCGUCUACCACCCUCACUACCAGCAGCACCAUCCAUCCAAUUACUUCCAUCCCCAUCACCAGCCCCCAACCGGUCGUACUAACGCCACAUCCCACAGUAUCCGUUUCAUGACUCAGCACAUUAAAAUCUUACCGAAAACUCAAUCUCUAGAUCUGGUAGACAACGACGAUCUGAUAGAGGCAAGCAAUAGGAGCGAAUCCCAGCUGGACAUCAAUACGGCGGGGGUAUCGUUUAGAGGCCGGGUGCUACCGAAGUUGCAAACGCUUGAUCAAACACGACCAAUCUAUCCGAAUGUACCUUACAGUCCUUAUAACAGUCCUUACGGAAGCCCACGAAGUGGACGGCGGCGAGCUCCGUUACGGGAGUCAAGAAGAGUUUCGAUCGAACAGUCGGGCAGCUUCUUGCAGUUGAACCAAUACAAACUUCUAGACCAAAUCGGGCAGGGUUCAUACGGACUUGUGAAGCUGGCCUAUUCUGAAGAAGACUCAACACAUUACGCCAUGAAGAUAUUGUCCAAGCGCAAACUGCUUCGCAAGGCCGGUCUCAUGCGCCGAGGUCCAAAACGCGGAACGUCCCCUCUGGAUCGAGUCUAUAGAGAAAUUGCAGUACUGAAGAAGUUGGAUCACCCCAAUGUGGUAAAACUAGUCGAAGUGUUGGAUGAUCCAUUGGAAGAUUCACUCUAUCUGGUGUUCGAACUGGUGCAACAUGGAGAAGUUCUCAGCAUACCGACUGACAAUCCACUCUGUGAAGAACGUGCUUGGAAUAUUUUCCGAGAUGUGAUAUUGGGAGUUGAAUAUUUACACUAUCAGCGAAUCAUCCAUGGUGAUCUGAAGCCAGCCAAUCUUUUGCUCUCUGAUACGGGUAACGUAAAAGUGGCAGAUUUGGGUGUUUGUAAUGAGUUCCUCGGUGAAGAUGCUGCCAUGAAUAAUGGAUCUACAGCAGGGACACCUGCUUUCAGGGCGCCUGAAACACUACUUCCAGGCCAGCUUGUUUACAAUGGAAAGGCGGCCGAUAUUUGGGCGUUGGGUGCCACCCUGUAUGCUCUAGUCCACGGAAAUGUUCCUUUCAUUGCUGUGUCGGUUCCUGGUGUGUAUGAAAAGAUAAAAAAUGAACCCCUGCAAUUUCCUCCUACCAGUACAAUCAGUCAAGAACUACGGGAUUUAAUCACCGGCAUGUUGGACAAGGAUCCUCAGCUUCGAAUGACACUUCCUCAGAUCAAGGAACACUGCUGGGUUACGAAAUUUGGACUGCAUAUACUACCAACCGAAGAAGAGAAUUGUCGAUUGGUUCAAAUAAACGACGAAGAUAUGACCAGCGUCGUGAAGAGCAUACCGAAACUGGAUACGCUGAUACUGAUUAAAACGAUGCUGAAGAAACACUCGUUUUUGAACCCAUUUAUGAGAACAAUUUCCGGCCAAGUACAACAGAUAGCAGGAUCGAAAAUCGAACGAUUCAGUCGAUCCGGUCGGUCCAACUCCGCACCGGGUGACUAUCAUACUUCUGAAAGACAACCUUCGAGCGAAUCUCUUCUACCAUCCGUAACAGAAGGUGUAUCCAGUUCAUCUACCAGUCCGGAAGAAAUACAAUCGCCCAGUAAACCUCCAACUAGUGAUUCGCCAGCUCCUCAACCUGACCCAGAUAAUCCCGUAUCCUAAGAAUCUCCGGAAAAGCUCAACCCAAAAACCGAGCAAAUGAUAACUGAUGACGCCACAGCUUAACUAAAUAAUACAGCUUAGUGCAGUGAACCUUUGUCUCACCUACUCUAGAAACUGCUUAUAUUGUAUUUUCAAUUUCUCUUUUUCUAGAAAUUACUAGAGCUAGCAUACCUAGAAUUUCUCUUCUACAUAGUUGUUAAUCAUUUCCACUUAUACUGAAAUUUCCAAAGAUUUAUGCAUGGAAACAAUCGCGCAAGAAAUAUUCGAAUUCGACUGUACAAUCAACGUGAUAUGUUCAAAGUUUCAUUUCGUUUCGUGUGUGACUUAAAUAGACAUUAUUCCGUCUGUUCGUGGGAAAUGUUACAUGUAUGGAAUUUCCUACUUUUAAAUAAUCGAAUUUUAUCCGUACUUAGUGUGUAUACAGAAUUUUGACAGUUUUUCUAAUCUAGCAGUUAUCAACAGAAAAUUUGAGCGUAAAGAAUAGCUUUGAUCGCAUUUUUAACUGUACAAAGCACAAAACAAAUGCAAAUGAGAGAAAAUGUAUGUACAUAUUUUACAGUUUUUGCUCUUUUUAAUAUGUAAUAUGCUAAGAAGAACGUUUUUAAUACAGUGAAAAACUAUACUCACCCUUUUGACCAAAAAUUGAAUAUGUAAUUUAGAACGGCUCGAUAUUAUAUACGACACCUGCUCAAGUGGCUGGUGUCGCAAAUUCAGAAGAAAUACGCUUUAUUACUUACUAAUGUCAAAAUAAUACUUGUCAUAACAAAAUAUGAGUUUGGCCAAAAAAAAAGAAUAGCAAGACAUAUAUCAAUACAUGAAAAUUAUAGCGAGUUAGUAACUCUUUUAUUAAAUCUUAUGAGGAACAAACUUUCAUAUUAUAUUACAUGUAGCAGAAGAUAGUUUUUCGCAUUACUCACAUUACCAAAUUUCUACAUAGCGAGUUAGUGUAAACCAAUUGAACAACAACAAAUAACCCAUGAUGAUAGAUUUCCAGCCAUGUGAGCUUUAAUAUGAAAACAUUUCCAACCGAUGGACUUCAAAUGUUGAUAAUUUUGGUGUUUUGACAUACACAAAUCGGGACCAUUCUGUUUAGUAUGUUCCUAACUACCUGCACUAAACGCCUGAACUCAACGGUACUUUCGUGAUCUUUUUAAAAUAACCUCUAACUGUAAAACAGCACUCUCCACUACGACACUUUCAUACCUAUUACUAUCGAUAACUUGUUUGCGUAAAGCAAAACAAAAACAUUCCGAAAACUGAUAGAGUCAAUACAACGAGCAGAAAUUAAAUGUCAAAUGCUAGAAACCUCCGUGAUUGUUGAUUCCAUAUUGAUAUGCAUGCUAGCAAAUCGUUGCUAUUAUUUAUAGUAAAAAAAAAGAUUAAAAUUAAUAAACAAAGGGCGCAUCAACCAAAACCUAGAAAACAUACAACUAUUUGGCUCUUCUGAUUUGGAAAAAAUAUCUACGCAUAUCAUGAAAGAUAAAGGACAGAUGCUUACUAAAUUCCCCACAUUAACUAAACCCCUGAAAUGUUAGAAAUAUCCCGACUGCAAGUCAACAAUAUUUAAAAAUCAUUCUAGAACUAGUAAACGGAGCAAGACUUUAAUAGUAUCUUGGAAAAUAAGGAAAGUACGCCGCGUUAGAAACAUGAGAAAACGUUACGUUGAGUUGAUUUAAUUUUAAAGAAAUUAAAUUACAUAAUUAUCAGAAAAAAUGGAAUAAAAAGGUAAUUAAUUUAUGCUUUCAGCAUGGAUAACAUAUUUAGUAAUUCUUAUCUGAAAUUGAAAACAAAUCUAAUUAUUCAGUGUUGCUUCACAUACUGUCGGUAAAUUUUGUUACGCAUGGCUUUACGAACAAAUGCACAAAUAAGAAAUAGUUAAAUCCCAAUUAGCAUCAAUAUACAAAGACUGUUUCAGUUUAAAACAUAUUUUACCCGGUUAAAUUACAUUUGAUGUACACAAAUAAACUGAAAUGUUUUGAAUAUUUACAAUUGUCAGUAAUUUUUCUAUUGGUAAAAUACUUACUAAUAUACCAUGUUAUGUGUACGCAAAGCAAACAAUGUGGAUUGUAUUAAAAACGAUAGUGCUUUCUUUUUCUGUCCUGAUUCUCGGAUACGGUUCAUAUCAAAUAAAGUGACAGCAAAACGAUCGGCUGAUCCCCUCUUUCUCAUAUUCUAUGAUGUUGGCAAGACUAUUAAAUGUAUUGUAUUUUAUCGACAAUUUAUAUAGAAAUAAUGAGUUGUGUUUUUUCCUUUCCCAGGAACCGUUUUUAAUAUCAAUUAUUGCACUUAGGUUGUGAAUCGUUUCAUUCAUCAUUUUAACUUUCUGAUAAAAUUUGACACUUUAGCAAUUAUGUCCCAUAGAACGGUUUUAUGUCACAGCUAAGCAGAUCGAUAUUGCCCACAUGUGCAGUUCCCCAUGUUAUCAGAAUUCAGUAUGAAAUCUGAAUCAAUGCAGACUCCGAAUUAAAUUCGCCUCCAACCCAUUGGUUCGGAAAUCUGUCGGAAUUGAGUGAGAAAAUGUGAAUUGCAUUGUCAGUUCGUUUUCUUCUCUAGUUUUGCACAUUUUCGUGCCGAUUUUUAGUGAAAUAAGAAAUAAAAAUUUCAUAUAACUCUAUAUAUACAUUUUUAUUUUCAAGUUUUCGGAUAUAUAGCACUAGUAAAUGAGCAGUUCUUCCUAAAAUUGCAGCACACGGAGAACCCUUCGAUCAUUAAAUUGCGAUAUCGCAGUUUUUGAUUUUUGCGAUAGUUGAUUUAACUAAUUUCUUUUUGAUUUAACCAAAAUGGUUUUCGAUUUGCAUAUAUUCAAGUAGUUGAAAAAUAUGUUGUUCUGAAUGCUGUCAAAUGCCGGAGACAGUUGAAAGCAAAACAAUAAUCGCAAUGCAAAAUCAACAACUUUUUUAGUUGAAAUCUGUUCGCGUCGCUUCAAAAUGUCAAUGAAAACAACAUCGAUGGUUAAAGCGUUUGGUGAAAUUGUAUUCAUUCGAUUUGAGAAUUUUAUGAUAACAAGUGUUUAUCUAACAGCGGUGUUGUGAUAAAGUUAACCUCGUUUGAGAUGAAAAAUUUGGUGACAAAUUAGAAAAUGUUAAUGAAUGAUCAUCUCGUAAUCUUUCAGGUAUGCGCAAAAAUUUUAUGCUUCAAAUUCGAUCAUUAUUUACUUUCAGCAGACUGUUUUACUUCCAGCUGUUUGAUACCGAUGAUGAUGUUCAUGCAUUAGCAAUAACAUGAAUUUAAUUUAUAAAAGUAACAGGAGCGAAGGGUUAAAUUGACUAAAAUUAUCAGUGCAUAACUUUAGUUCAACCGUUUGAAGGCAUCAUUUUAGGUAAAUUCAAUAAUUUCGCUAAUUUAUCCGCCCCUCCGGGCACUUUUGCUGAUUAAAAACGUUUUUCUACAUCAAUCAUUUCCGAUCGAAUCAGAAGUAUUUUUUUAGAAUUUAGAUCUUUACUGAUCUCAAAACAAACAAACAAAUAAAACCGAUUUAUUUUUCAACUAACAGAAUUUUGUUUCAAUAACAACACCAGUUAUUUCAACUAAAAUAUUUGUUGAAAUUGAAAGGUAUGUGUCCUCACUAAUUGACAGCUUUUUUUCUCAAACAGUUGAAUUAGUUGUUUCAACCAUCGUUUCUGCUAAUCGAAAAACAAAAAUGACAGUUUAGUUAAAACAACAAUCGAUUAGUUGUACCAAAUUUUAACCAAUCGAAUUCAGAAAAUCAAAUAAUAUUCUGGUUGAAAUGGGAUCGCGGGUGGUUCCGUGCAUAAACUGUUAUAAUUUACUGGAUGCCAACAAAAAAGUCUACCUUAGAAAUCGCAUCAUCCAUGCCGCUACCCGUUUGUAAGGAAUUCUAACAACGGGCAGAAGUCUGGCUGUAUUCCAGCUGCUGUCAAAAUUGCUCAGGCGGAAUUACUCUUCCUUCUUUAUUUUGUUCGACAUAAUUUGAUAUUCGUCAAUCCUGCAUGUACAUACAAAAAACGAGUCUUGAGGCAAGGUAAAUGAGAUUGAAAUAUGGGUAUUUUGAGAGAUGAAAAAUUACAUAUCAUGUUUGGUAGUGAGAAAGCUAGUCUCUCUUCAUAUAUUCUUCUUAUGGAACAAAAUAAAACCAGAGGCGCUCAACUGUAGAUUCUGUCAGUCUUGUAUGGCAAUAAUCCGGCCGAAACCGAACCGGUAAUAAUCGCUAGGCGAAAUUCUCUACGGGAAAGGGGUAGGAAUUGUGAAAGAAUAACGCAAAAAUUUUUGACUGACAUAUCCCGUUGUCUGGAGGGAAAUCUACCCGUCGAAUGCGAGUGGAUAACCUGACUUUUAUGGUAACAUAUUCAUAAAGAGCGCACAAUUUCAGUGAUAUUUUUAUUUUCACUGUCAACCGGUUAUUCAUGUAUUCCAAUAAGAAUUCAUUGCUCAGUCCGUCGCACAGACAGCGUGGGAUUGUUUGAGAUUAAUAAAAAAUCAAAAUUAAUCAAAACCUUCAAGAUUUCUUUUCGAGUACGUAAAAUUAGUUAAAAACCCGUUCAUCCUUUAAUUUCAACACUAGGAACAAAUCCCUCUAAACUUUAUCACAGUCCAAAGUGCAUUAACCGGGGUUAGUAAAUAUAAAGGAGGGAAACCCGGUGAACGACCAAAAUGGUUAAAGCCGGGGUAAAAUAAAUGAUAUAAAAAAAAAUAAAAAAAAAAUAAAGGAGGGAUUGUGUGAGUUUGACGGGUAUACGGGAUUGUAAGGGAGUUUAGGAAAGUUACGUAGGAACUGUGUGGAUUAGCAUAUUUCAGAAAUUUUAUGAAAUGAACUCUGAAUCAAAUCCAAAAUGAAUUUCGUAACCGAGCCGAUUGAAACGAACACGGAAUUGUAAGAGAAAUAGUCUGAAUUAACAACUCGUUUUAUUGUUCUUCCUUCUGAUUUUGCACUUAUUCGUUCCGAAGUACAGCUCUGCGCAGUUUACCUUGGUUAGUAUCGUCCAAUCCUCUUACAGGAGUGUAUUAAAAUGGCAAGUUUUACACUAAUACAUCCAUGGAGAGAGCAAAAAUUCAAUGACAUUUAUAAUGGGUUGAUCGAGUACUCAAGAACGAGCACUAGAGAAACAAUUGUUUACUCAGUCCGUCUGGGAGAUAAUGUGGGACCAUGCGGCUGUGUGAAGUUUUAGCAACAGAAAACAAACAUCCUUGUAAAAUUUGUUUAUUAGAGAACUAUCUAUCGUUUUGCAUAACAGUUGGAACAAGCAAAACUAUAUCAAGACUACUUUUGACAGCGCAGAAAUUAAUAGCUGAGUUGUCAAAUUUAAAUUGAAAGGUAUGGUUCCCAACUUCAAAUUAACAAUCCUAAUAUUUGCAUGUGAAUAAAUCAGAAAAGUAAGCCGUCAAAUUUUAAUUAAAAGUGAAAAAAAUUUAAGUGCGGUUCACAACUUAAAGGUAGUAAACCAUAUAUUGCCAAGUUUCUACAGAAACUUUCUCAUCUGAUUUUCUUUCUAAACAUUCAAAUCAACAAUCAGAAGUAACCAUAGAAUCUAGUGGGCUCUUCUUGCGAUAAGAAGAUAUUUUCCGUUAACUCUGACAGGAAAAAUCUACCGAUUUCAUUUUCCAUUCAAAAGAUUGCAAUGCAAAAUCGAUCGGAGUUGAAGUCAGCGCGGAGAGAACCCAACCCGAAAUCUUUAUAGCCAGCAAUGGUUCUUGGAAGCUUGCCCGUGAAAUAACAUUGCUGACAAAAGCAAGAAAAUAAUUGAACAAUGUGAUCUAAUGUUACUUAUAAUUAUUGAAAAUGUUAGUGCAAUGUUAAAAUUUUUAAUAGUUUUAUUUACUCAUUUCUGAAAUUAAUUUCACCUAUUCCAAGUUAAUUGUAGUACUUUAUGAGGAAAUAACAUUUUGAAAUAGCAUUGCUUCAUCAUCGGAGAAAUUUGAAAAUAUAUUACACCAGUUUUAUUUCA